AGUCGUCGUCUCACCCCACGUCAGUUCACACAGCUAUACUGGAUAGGGGCUGCCCAUUCCUUGUAUAGCCCAGCUUUUUUCUUAGAAAACCUACCCACGUAAUCUCAUCAACUGUAAUUUGGGUGCACCAUCACUUCUUAUAGGACAAGAGUGCCUGUAUAAUGACGACGGUUAAUCCAGCUUUUCGAUUGCUGCGUUUACUAUCUUUGGGCUUUUCAUCCCUUAUCGGAGAUUAGCUUUAGAGCCAAAAAGGCGCUAUACCAUAUCCAGUUGAUGCUGAUGUGUGCUAGGAUCAACGACGAUAAUAAUACGCGCGGUUGAUAUCAUCCCAACUGAUUUGCUCGUUUCAGUGCUGCUGGGUGAAUAGCAAUUCAUAUUGGCUGCACGCCAAUAUGAACCGUGAAGCGCUAGAAACCGACAAAAAGUGAACGUUAUUAUAUUCUCAUUAAAAAUUAAGGCCAACAAUUCGACUGUUGUGGAUUAUCUUGUGAACCGCAUUCGUUCGUUUAUUGUGCGCACACAAAUUGGUCGCUUCAAACUGGAAUUUCCCCCAGGCUGCUGUGAAAUGUUUGAAAAAAGGACGGCCGAGAGCUAUAGUCUUAUCGAGUAAAGCCCGUGAUUAAAGUUCACCAGUAGCGCCAAGGUAUAUCACCUCCUUCUAUUUCGUCCGCCUAUAUUUUCGUCGGGGUUUUGGCUGUGUCGAGAUAAGUGGGCGGAUUAAGAGAGGCCAGCAUCGUAGCAUCUUGCGUUCAUUCGAUCGGCCCAGUCAGCACAUCAUCGCUCAGACUAUUUCAUUAUUAUUACCUCUGUUUUUCUCGUCUAUUUCUAUUCUGCACGACAUCAUUGGGGGUGUAUAGGUCUCCGCCCUAUUGUGAUCCAGUGCGUCGGCGUCAUCUCUCACGGCGACUGUGCUGCUGCACAUCAAAGUUGAACGUGUCCUCGUGUUGGAUUGGGUUCGAUUGAACACAUUUCUCUGUUGGCGUCGGCAGCUGCUGCUCAUCUUUGACUCCUCACCUCCAGCCCAGCCCACAUGAAUUAAUUGUCCGAGUGAGAAAAAGAAAUAAAAAGGCCAUGGCCGUUUACGACGAUUGGGCCGUCACGGUCGAUUUGACUAUUGGUGAUGUUCAAAGUGCCGCUCCUAGCAUUAGCAUCAGCAGCGGAAAUAACGCAAGUGAUGUGAAUUUCCUGACAGAUGUGAUGCCGUCAGUCAAUAAUACCAGUUCUCAAUAUUACGACAAUGGCAGUUAUUCCGGCUGGAUGAAUAGCAGCACUUACUGCAGCGGCAGCUCAUUGACGGACGGUGGCGACAACGUGAAUUGCUCCUGGCUGUGCCCGCCCUGGAACGAGACGGAAGACUUUAGCGUCAACGCAUUCACGCCGUCAGCCUUUUUCCAGGUCAUCAUCUACAGUUUGUACAGUGUCGUGUUCGUGCUGGCCCUGGUGGGCAACAUGGUCGUCUGCGCCGUCGUUUUCACCAGCAUCCGCAAGUGGACCGUCACCAAUUUCUUCAUCGUCAACAUGGCGGCCGGCGACAUUUUGAUGGCCUUUUUCUGCAUCCCAUUCACUUUCUUGCCCACUUAUGUUUUACUUUAUUGGCCGUUCGGGGCCACCAUGUGCCGGAUCGUCAGCUUCUCCCAGGCCGUGUCCGUCUUCGUCUCUGCCUACACGAUGGUGGCCAUCAGCAGCGACCGCUACCUGGCCAUCGUCUACCCGCUCCGCCCACGCAUGACACGUAAACAGGCCAAGUGGAUCAUCGUGGCCGUUUGGCUGGCGGCCUUUGCGACGGCCAUGCCGUUGCUCCUCAUGUCGAAGCUCAUCAUCCCGGAGAAUAGCAAUUGGCACAUUUGCUCCGACCGUUACAUUUGCACUGAAGUGUGGGCCGACCCCAUCCAGCAGACGCAAUACACGACCGUCUUGUUACUUUUGCAGUACUGCUUCCCACUGGCCGUCCUUGUCUUCACUUACGGCCGAAUCGGACUGGAAAUCUGGGGCAAGAAGACGCCAGGAGAAGCUCAUCAGCACCGCGAUCUCCGAUUGGCACGCUCCAAACGCAAGAUGAUCAAAAUGAUGAUUAUCGUCGUCUUCUUCUUCGCCUUUUGCUGGCUUCCUUUCAACCUUUUGCAGAUCAUUGGAGAUCAGUACCCGGGCAUUUGGACGUGGAGUAAAAUCAACUUUGUGGCUUUCGCUUGCCAUUGGCUGGCCAUGUCGCAUUCGGCCUACAAUCCAAUCAUCUACUGCUGCUUCAACUCGAAAUUCAGACAGGGUUUCCAAGUGUUGGCCGUGCGUUGUGGCUGUCGCUGUUUGAUGGAGAGCGAACGGGAGUGGAACGACCGAACGGCGGGCGAUUGCGACUGUUGCGGCGCCCGUCUGAGCGGCACUCACGGGAGCGCCCAUGGCGAUCACGGCUGUGCCCCGCUCCAACGGGUCAACACCUACACGACCUGCACCGGCGGCCCCAACAACCAUUUAACUCAACCACAGCAGCAGUCGCAGCACAGCAAGAACUUGUCAUCGUGCCGCGUUCUAUUGCCCAGCAACCACCACCACAACAACCAGCCAUUUACCGGGCCAGCGGCCUACAAGUCCAGCUACUCGGGCCGUUUCCAGCAUCAGCAGGAAUCGGCCAGCAACGGCGGUCCUCCUCCAGCACGCGCAAGGUGUUGCUCCUCAUUCAACAGCAGCAGCGGUGCCAACUCAGCGCAGCGCCGCUACUCGCCGUCGUCAUCGUCGCCGGCCGUUUGCGGCGCUGUCGUGAACAGCAGCCGCUCCGCUUCUUCAGCAAUUCGCCCGCAGAAGUUUGUCUUCCGCACCAAUUUCCCGACCCAGCAGCAGCAGCAGUCGUGCCAAUCAGCCCAGCAGCAGCGGCUGCUAUCUGGUGCUGGGGCUGGUUCGCCCACGAGCCUCACCAUCAACCUCAACCCAUCCGGCGGCAACACCACGGCCGAAUCGCACAUUUAAAGGACAGCGGUAGUAGCAGGGCCCACCUGCAGGCCAGCAGUAGACGCAAGUCCCUCAUCAGCAGUGGCGGCCGGCCCAGCAACAAUUGCAAGAACAAAAGAGAUCUGUCAGCACAGUGGCAACCACCACCACCACGCCCUUCCAGGGUCUAAAAAUCUAAUUAGCCGUUCUUCUUCUCAUCUUGUUGUUUUUCUAUUUUUCAUAGCAGCAAAAGGUCGUGUGUUUAUCUAUUAUUAUUGGCUGGCUCUUCUCUUUGCCCAGCGUCAAAAAGUUGCAAUCCAGUCAGGCGUGAAUGACCCAUCUAGUCUUAGAUAAAUCCAUUUCGAGGUCUCCCAGGAAAUUUAUAACGACAGCAGCGCUCAACUUGGCAGCGCAAUAUCCCUCCUACAACUUUGAAAUUAAUUCUUGUUACAAACAUGUGAGGAAACUAUUAUUAUUAUUACAGAGAGAUCCGUCGUCUGUGUGUACAAAUGUAUGUAAAUGCGAUUGAAAAUCAAUGAGCCAAAUGGUUAAACAGAAUGGCCAAACUAUUUGGCCAAUAACUGCGCAUGAAAAGAGAAAGAUCAACUUUUUCUCGACGUCUUUCCCUUGACCCGUUUAUCUACCAACUGCGGAGCGACCCCGUCAUGUACAUGUAGGAGCGAUUCUAUUUCUUACUCUCCACCACGUCGUCGUCGGUUGGACUUUUGACCGACUCCAAGUCAAAGAGAAUGUGCCCUUGACCCUGUUUGGUUGUGUCUCUCCUUUUUACGAUUCGAACCGACAGUGUCGUCGUCGUCUAACGCCCUGAUUAGAUCAGACAGCGUUCGCCCUCAUUUCUCACCUUCUUCUUCUUUUUGUUUUUCGUGUUUGGUUUCAUCGCCAAUUUUGUGAUUUGGAGGAGGCUAUUAUGAUAAUAUCAGUGUCGGCGUAAUAUUACACCCGUGGCUCCCAGUCUAAGUCAAAUGGUUUUACACAAACGUGGAGGAAUGUACAAGAUUCUCUCUCUCAACUAUUGGCUGGCAAUCCAAACUUGAAAGCUAAACUAUAUAGACCCCUUGUAUAUUUAUAACUCGAGUCAUUUCUUUUUCAUGUCAAAGGUUCGUGAAUUUGCCAAAAAACAGAGACUCUAUAAACUAUAUAAUCAACAUGUUUCUCUCCUUCCACCCUGUACUCAAUGUUCUACUCUAAAUUGUAUUGUUUCUGAUCAAAUCGCUACCGACCUAUACCUGCAAUCCAUCAAUGGUGUCUACGCAUGCCUGUACGAAGAAGCUAAUUCACGUCGAUGUGUGUUAAACUGGAUCGUCAACACCUUUUGUACCUGCCCAAUACACAUGAGAAUAUGGAAACAUGUUACACAAUUA